GUUCGCAGUUUCAGCUAGGCUCUCGAGUUUCGAGUUCUAGGUGUAACGCUGAUCAAUCGCCGGCGGUUAUCGAGUCAAACGAGUCGCUGUUUGAUGCCUGAUGAAUUGGCUCGAUGGUUUCGACGGCCGGCUUUGGGUUUAGGGCCAUUUUGAUCCCUCUGGAGCCUUCAAUUCGAAGAAACGUGGGGACUUUCGUUGGAAGAGAAGCGAGAGAAGAUGCUUCAGAUAUUCUACGAGUCGCAGGACUUCUUCCUUCUAAAGGAACUUGAGAAAUUGGGACCCAGAAAAGGUGUUAUCACCCAGUCUGUCAAAGAUGUUGUUCAGAGCUUGGUUGAUGAUGACCUCGUCUCCAAGGACAAGAUUGGAACUUCGGUGUAUUUCUGGAGUCUUCCUAGCUGUGCCGGAAACCAGCUGCGAAAUGUGUACCGGAAACUUGAAUCUGAUGUCCAAAGUAGCAAGAGGCGGCUCACAGAGCUAACUGAUCAGUGCAAUGCAUUAAAGAAGGGAAGGGAAGAAUCUGAUGAACGAGAGGAGGCUUUAAGCAACCUAAAAAAAGUAGAGGAGAAAUACAAUGAGUUGAAGGAUGAGAUGGCGGAAUAUGCAGACAAUGAUCCAGCUGCGUUUGAAGCAAUGAAGAAUGCAAUAUUAGUUGCCCAUGCAGCAGCCAAUAGAUGGACAGACAAUAUUUUCACACUGAGACAGUGGUGCUCAAACAAUUUUCCAGAAGCCAAAGAACAGCUAGAACAUAUGUACCAGGAGGUGGGGAUUACUGAUGAUUUGGAUUACUUGGAGAUGUCAACACCGGGAAAUUAGAUACCACAGAGUCAAAUGGUAUAUACAUCAGAAGUCGCAUCCAGUUUCUCUCGGGUUCUGAUGCAAAUCUGUGAAACUGACAGAGCG